AAUAUGGCGCCUCCGCUUCCGGAUUUCGGUGUGCUACUCUGGCGGGUUGGACUAUGGCGACCCAGGAAGCCGCUCCAGGAAGCCAGUCAGAGGAGAGCAACGCUUUGGACUUGGCGUCCGUCAACGACAUAAAAGAUUAUGCUCUGCAGAGAGCCCACCAGGAGGCAGACAGCGAGGCACUGAGCUCUGUGGAAACCCUUUCUCUUCCUUGCUCUUCUGAUGUGGAUUCAGACACCAGUAACCUAAAUACUGAACAAAAUGAUUCCUGGACCUCUGAGAACUUCUGGCUUGACCCUUGUGUAAAGGGUCAGACGGAGACCACGACAGAGGACGAUGGGCUUCGGAAAUCCCUGGAUAGGUUCUAUGAAAUGUUUGGCCAUCCCCAGCCAGCCGCUAGAAACCCACUCUCCGCAUCGGUCUGCCAGUGCCUGACUCAGAAAAUCAAUGAACUGAAGGGCCAGGAGAACCAAAAGUAUGCCCUUCGCAGUUUCCAGAUGGCCCGGGUCAUCUUCAACCGGGAUGGCUGCACGGUCUUACGGAGGCAUUCCAAGGACGCCCACUUCUACCCACAGGGAGAAGGAAGUGUGUCUCUGGAUGAUGAAAAGCCAACCCCGGGACUUUCAAAAGAUGUCAUUCGUUUCCUCUUGCGACAGAACGUGAUGAAAGCUCUCUAAGACGCCCCCAGUGGUAAGGGCAGGCAGCGUGGAGGAUGGCCCUGUGGCCUGUGCUGUCAGUGCCUCCCCCACAGCCCCUCCGGCCUCUCUGGCCAGUCCUGUGGCUCCAGCCCCCCGCCCCCCACGAGCUGAUACCAGAGCCACUUCAGCCCGCAUGGAGAGCCAGCAGUGUUUGUGGGUUGGAGAGCCCCUCUGUUCACACCACCUCUCACCCCACCCCACCCUUUGACUUAAGGCCCAGACUGUCUGGCUGGGGAGCCCAAAAGCACAGCUUCCUUGCCCCAAGGAAGGAAGGACAUGAUCUGCGGCAUAACAUACUCUCCAGAGCUCCCUUCGGGAUCAAACCAAGACUUGGGUUUCCCGGGAAAUCACGCCUUGCUCAGCCUCUUCUGUCUCCCUGUCCUCCUUCUCCCGUUCACCUACUGGUGUCUCCUGGGAACCUUUCCUUAAUAAAGCUCUUGCACCUGAA